AUGGGCGACGGGGUGUCGCGCCAGCCCCCAAAGAGCCAAGAGAAGCCCCCGGCUUGGCACGCCAUCGAGGAGUCGGCCUCACAUGUUGGACGUGGAGCUCGAGGAGUUGGAGCUGCACCCCGACGCCCCCGAUCUGCAGCCAGGUUGGUUCGAGUCCUUGAAGUACUUUGUCUCUCUGCACCCACGCUCGGAGGAGAGCCUGACCACAUCCCUCUGCCACGGGACCCGCCCCUGCAGACAGUGGAGGGCCACUACCUCGUCUCCCAGGCGCAGCGGGCUCAGAAGCCCAACGCACAGGUUGGCCUCGGUGAGGGCGCGCGGCCCAACCAGAACCCUGUGGCCACAUUUGAGGAGAGCAUGUUCUUGCGGAUGGAGAAGCUGGACCAUCACCUGGUUGCCUACGUUUGGGCCACCAAGACAAGCUUGAUGGGUGCUCAAACCACCACCCUCGUGGGGCGCGCGCUGGCGCCGCUGCAGGAAUUCCAGCUGCAGCGGCGCACCACCACCUGGGGCAUCUUCGACAUCUUGGAAGGCCACCGUGUCGCGGAGAUGCGGCUGAGGUAUCACGCCUGCACCACGCCAGCGCCGGUCGAGGACAUCGCCAUGGCGGAUGUGAAGCAGACAGAAGUCACUGUGCAAUGGUCACCGCCUAGGAACGACCACGGAGCGCCGGUGGUGGGCUACAAGAUUUCCAUUUUGUUGGACCCAAAGCCCUCGGAGCCCCCCGAGUGGUACACUUUGUGCGAGUGCACCAAGUCGCUGAACCCCGUGUAUGUGGUGGCCAACCUUAAGGGUAACACCGCGUAUCUGCUGGACAUCCGGGCCUUGAACAAGGUGGGCCUGGGUGAUCCCAACGAGUUCCAGAUCACCACUGCGCCGGUGGCGCCGGACGCACCUGGCAAGCCCUGGGUGGAGGAAUCUCGCGACGGGUGCCUGAACGUGGCCUGGCUGUCGCCGGAAAAUGACGGCGGGAUGCCGAUCACGGCCUUCAGGAUCCGCAUGCGGAAGAUUCUUGGGGCCUCGCGGUGGAACGUCUUCGGGCCGGGGCAGUCGGCUGCCAGCUGGGUCGAGAUGGGCUCCGUGAAGGCUGGCGGAGGUCUGAACUUUGAUCCGCAGUACCUGGUGAACAUGAAGGACGACACCCGCUGGCUCUGCGAGAGUCCGCUCGCCGAGUUCCUGCGCUUCUCGGAGAAGUCGGACCCCUUUUUCGUGGUGCCUUCGAGCCGCGAGCCGGCGCGGACGGGCAACGCCAUGACGCAGACCCUGCAGGCGAAGCUCAAGGGCCCGGUCAUGCUGCCGCUGCAGAGCGCGCUGCUGCGGAGGAUACGCAAGGCAGAGCUGGUGAUCAUGAAAGAGUCUAUGCAGGCGGGCUGGUUGCUGAUGGGGGUUCCCCUUUUACAACGUGUGCAAUGUUUGAGAAAUCUCGUGUCCUUUGUAGGCCACACCUGUGUCACUCCCGUCUCCCCGUCGCGCAGUCAGGCGUCGGAGUGGCCCAGCGACCAGAUGGGCCCCCGCAGCGCGGAGCGAGUCCGCGCGGGGAAGCGCGCGGGGAAGUUCAUCGCCUGCACGGUGUGCGAGCACGUGCUCCUCUCGCAGUUUGCCAGCCCACUGGCCGUCGAGGGCAUCAGGAAAGUCCUCGCCUCCGAGGAGCUGUCAGAGGCGCUGGGGGACGCCAAAGGUCUCUGUGCCAUGAAGCGCCUGGCGCAGCUCUUCCGGCGCGCGCGCCUGGAGGUGGCUAUAGCCCCGGACGGCACAGCGGAGAUGAGGACUGCGAAGGGCGAGCCCUUCUAUGAAGAGAUCAACAAGAGCGAGCUGGCCUUCCACUGGAAGUCCUUUGCGGUGGAGCACGCCUGCGUGGAGAUCUUCCGCUCUGACGGGGACCUGGUCCACGGCCGGACGCCUCGGUGCGAAUUCACGUGUGAAGGUCUGGGGUGGCCUUGGUCUACUUGGGCCUUGCCUUAG